AGUCUGCCUGCAUAUAAACACAGGGGGAAGGUAGAGCGACCACGAGCGACAGCACAGAGCGCUUCACUGGCACAGCUGUUCUCUGCAGGCGACAUCAUGCUGCUGGGUUUGAAAGCUUUGUUGGUGCUGGGUCUGGUCCCGCUGUUGCACGCCACCAGGAAAGACAAUGCGGUUUCCCUGAAGCUGGGUCAGGGAAGCAGACUGAAGGGCCAGACGGUGAGACUAAUCCUGGAUCCGUCGGUGCAGCCUCAGACUGCCAGCACGUCGGCCUCGAACAUCGCCAACAUGUCUCUGUCACCGUGGACGUACAGAGACUCGUGUGUGGAAUCGCGGUUGCCUCGGCGGAUCUCUCACGCUCAGUGCCUGACCUCUGGCUGUCUGAGCCUGCAGGGGGGGGGAGAGGAUGCAGCCCUGGAGGCCAAACCCAUCUACUACCAGGUCCUGGUCCUCCACAGAGUCCCAAGGAAAAGGCGCAGUAAGAAAGCAGGGAGGAUGAGGAAGAACCAGUACAACUUCAGACUGGGGACCGAGGUGAUCUCGGUGGGCUGUACCUGUGUGAGGCCCGGCGUCGUACCACAGCAGUAGAGACUCCUUCUGCGCAUUGUAGCCUACAUUUUAUAUUACUUUCUAACUUAAACUUGUACUAUAUAUUUUGGUUACCAAUAAAUCAUGUGACUGUGCAAUGUAUUUCACGAAGAUGCCUACAUGACUAUCUCUGUGCCACUUUCUCUGUAUGU